AAAUGUCAUCAUUUCAACACGCGGACAAUUUUCUACAAUUCUUUUAUCCAGCUAAUUAAUUUUUGGAAAAGAAUAUUAAUGUAUAGAAAAUAAAAAAAACAGUCUCUGAUUAUUCAACGAUGAUCUGAAGAAUCAGUGAUUCCACUCUGUGUUUCCUCCCCUUCGAGCCACAGCUGCACUGCACAGGACUAGCUCGCAGUCCUCGCACGCAUCUCGCCCCGCCAGUCGCCACAGCAGCGCAAGAUGCAGCAGCGCGCGCCGCCUCUCCGCCUCCCCCUCCAUCUCCUACUCCUCCUCGUCCCGGCCCUCGCCGAGGUUCCCGACCGCUACGCCUCCCCGCGUGCGGGCUCGGGCACCAGAACGAGGCUCAGUAAUGCGCCGGCGCAGGUGUAUCUUGACCCCACCUAUCCGGUCCCGCGGCCCCCGCCGGCGGCGCCGAUCUGCGUAGUGCCGGUGCUCUCCUACUCCUUCGCCAACACCUACGGCGCGCCCCCCGCAAAGGCCGCGUACGCGCCGCCGGCCGGGUGCCCUGCGCCCUGGUCCCUCGUCGUUCUCUCCUUCUCCGUCGCCAUCGCCGGUGACCAGUACGACCGCGUCGCGGCCGUCUGGCUCGACGGCGCCGAGCUCCUCCGCACCACCACCGCCGAGCCCACCCCCGACGGCGUCCGCUGGACCGUCCGCAAGGACGUCACGCGCUACUCCGCGCUGCUCCGGUCCCCACCCGGCGGCGUGCUUUCUGUCAUGCUGGAGAACCUCGUCAACGACGUGUACACCGGUGUAUACAACGUCAGCGUGUCCUUCGAGUUCCACGGCGCCCCUGCUUACCUCGUCGACGACGCGGGGUCCUCCUCAGCUGCCGGCUCUGCGGACCCCGGCCAGGCGACACCAAAACUGCCGGCAUCCUACUUCCAGCCGGCGGACCUGAUCCUGCCAAUCUCGGAGGGCACGGGCAACAGCAGCGGCUUCUGGUUCCGCAUCCAGAACUCGUCGGAUUCGCGGUCAAAGCUUGUGAGCAUUCCGUCGAACACCUACCGCGCGGUCCUGGAGGUCUUCGUGUCCCCGCACUCAAACGACGAGUUCUGGUAUUCCAACCCGCCGGACCUCUACAUCCGCGAGAACAACCUCGCCACCGGACGGGGCAACGCCGCGUACCGCGAGGUCGUCGUGAGCGUGGACGGCCACUUCGCCGGCUCGUUCGUCCCGUUCCCCGUGAUCUACACGGGCGGCAUCAACCCGCUGUUCUGGCAGCCGGUGGCGGCGCUGGGCGCCUUCAACCUCCCGACCUACGACGUCGAGCUGACCCCGUUCCUGGGCCUCCUGGUCGACGGCAAGGCGCACGAGAUCGUCCUAAGCGUAGUGGACGGCAUCGCCGAGUGGCUCGUCGACGCCAACCUGCACCUAUGGCUGGACCCCGCUUCGCCGAAUGUGUCGGCCGCGCUCCGCCGGUACAGGACGCCGCGUCUGUCCAUCACCCGCCGGUACUACACCCGGCGGCCGCUGGACGGGAGGUUCGAGAUCCGAGCCAAGCGGAAGUCCCGGUUCAGCGGGUGGGUGAAUUCGUCGUUCGGCAACUUCACGACGGACGUGGAGACGGAGCAGGAGGCGACGAGCCUGGUGGAGUUCACCAGCCAGGGCAGGAACAAGACGGUCCGGCUGCAGGUGGAGCAGGACACGGAGGUCGUCGUCCGGUCGUCGGAGACGCGGAAGGAGGUGGGCAAGGUGGAGACGGAGGCCAAGUACCCGCUGUGGCUGGAGAUGGUGACGGAGGACGGCGAGAACGGCACCUACGUGAUGCGGGCGAACCUGACGCACUCCCUGCGCGUCGAGACGGACGCCGAGGCCGAGGGGCUGUUCGAUGCCGAGACGAAGGUGGCGGACGAGCAGGCCGCCGUGGGGUGGAUGCUCGUCAGAGACCACGACGUGCUGGACGGGUCCGCCGCCACGACGCAGGCGUACAGGUACAGCGACGAGGCGGGGAAGUAUGAGCGCGCCAUCGAUACGCUGGAUGGUGCGGUGCUGAGCGACAACGUGACGGAGAGCUACCGGGCCUUGGGCUUGGCUUGGCUUGAUGCUCGAGCUGGACCCGCGGAAGCUGCCAUGGAAUUGUGACGGGAAGCUGUUUGGAGUGACAUUGCUGACGCUGCUAUGCACUAGCUGUUCAACCGUGUUUUUCCCCGCAACAAAUUAACUUUCAGCUAUAGCUUAUCAGCCAAGUGAACAGUAUUAUUGUGGUUGAGUGGCUGAGGCUUCUUCAGAAUUGUGGUCGAGUGGCUGAGACUUAUCAGCCAAGUCUAAUCAGAAUUGUGUUCUGAACUCUGAACUUCAGAGUGUGUUGAUUACUACGGGCGAUCGAUGUUUUUGAUAUGUGUACAUGUACGUCCAGUGUAAUUUUGAACUUGCAAUUGGAUUGUUGCGGUUUUGCAAGGCUCCGUUUGGAUCCUGGAAUUGAAACUCGUUCCAGAAGCCGGUUCCUUGGAAUUAGAUUCAAUGGGAAA